AUGGCGAACAAACGUAAGGAGACAGAUGGGGAUGAGGGCGGAGCACAAAAACGAUUUCGUCGAGCUCUUGACGAUCAACAUGACGCUGGACGCGACGAUGACCCCUUUGCAAAUGAUACGCCUGCUGCUCCCGAUCCAUUCAUUCGUGAAGGCAUCAACCAAUCCGACGGCCGAUCACAAUGGCUCUGUACUUAUACCGGCUGCGAAUAUCGCUGCGAUCGUCUCGCGAAGAUUCAGAACCAUGUUCGGGUUCACACCGGGGAACGACCAUUUGUCUGUACCUACGGCAACUGCGAUAGGAGCUUUACACGCAAAGACAAACUUACUCAACACGUCAAGAACGUACACGGCGAGGAGGCUCCGCGUCCGCAUGCUUGUACCUGGGAAGGCUGCACGAAGAGUUUCGGCACCAAGCAACAUCUAAAGGAGCACAUCAAGUCUCACGAACGAUUGUUUUACUGCACGGGAUACCCACCUUGCACCGAGGCUUUCCGGAAACAAAAGACCCUGGAUUCUCACAUCGCGCAAAAGCAUCUGAAGAUAAACCCUUGGGCUUGCACCUUCAUCGACGCUGAGACUGGUGAGAAGUGCACCAAGAGCUACCAAACGGAAGGGAGCCUUCGACUUCACACCAAAACUUGCCACAAUGGAAAAGUGACCGAAGUAUUCUUUUGCGUACAUUGUCCUGCACCUGGUGCACAGAUGGAGACGUUCGAGACAGAGAUGGGCAUAAUAACCCAGCCGACCGAGCCACUCCGUUUCGCAACAAAAGAGGAGCUCUUGAAUCACGAGAAAGUGCAUCACCCGCCUGAGUGUAUGCUGUGCAAUCGGAAAUUCGCCAGCCAGAUGAAUCUGGACAACCACGUCGCUGUCGUCCACGGAGACCCAAAAUCACAACCUCAACUACCCUGCCCCUACCCCGACUGCAAGAGUGUCUUCAAGAAGCGAAGCAAUCUAAAUACGCAUAUUUGGAGCUUUCACGAAAAGCGGAAAAACUUUAAGACGGACCUGAAGGCGUGGGACGGGCACAACGCAUGCGGAGCAGCCUAUGCGUCCAAAUCCAGCCUCGAGCAGCACGUCCGCAGGGACCACCUCAAGAUGCCGAACCGCAAGCAGAUGAGAAAGAUGAGGAAAUCCCGGGCGCCGCCCCCGCCCUCGGCUCUGCGACUCCUCACCGGUGUCGGUUUCGACGGUGGCCGAACCAUCACGUGUUUGCAGGAAGGCUGUCAACACACCUUCUUCCGCGACUAUGACCUCCGUCGCCAUAUGCGCGCCGAACAUGACAUGGAACCUCAUGACAUUGAGGCCAGAAUCCUCGAACGCAACGCUCAGGAGGGCGGCGAGUUCUGGGUUCGAAGAGGCGAGGACUUGCUGUACGAGUCUGCCGAGACGAUCUCCUCCGUUUUAGCGUUCCUAGCGAUGUAUUAUGAUGAUGGCCUUGGUCUGUCACGUUUUAUACCCCUUGUUUCGGCGAGGCACCGCUUGUCUUGUUUUAUCGAGCACAAUACAGUGUCGCCAAUACGCUGCUGA